GUCUGGGUGCUUGUGGAGGCCCUCUCGCGCGGAGCUCUCUUAGGCCCGGCGGCAGGGUGCGUGCGGAAGUGCGGCCUGGCCCGGGGCUGCGCUGCAGUGAGGGGGAAAGAAGGGGCAGCGGCCGGGUGAGGCCCGGCGGGACGCGCUCCGAGGGCCCAGUGCUGAGGCUGUGCUUCUCUCACUAAGAACGGGGGGCGUCGUCCCGGAACGGGCUGUGUUCUGGGAGGCAACGUAUUGAAUUCUCAGGGUCUGAAAUAACUGGAUGAAAAAACUUGAAGUUUGAAAGAUGUCCAGAAAGAAAAUGAAGAAAAUAAAGGAAGACAGUUUAAAUGGCCAGGAUGACAAAAACUCUGAAGUCACAAGGUCUUAUAAUCAAACUGUGGAAAGAAAGUCAGAAUUUCAAAGAUUCAAAACAGAGAAAAGCAAACAAGAGAAGAAACAAUACCGAAGUGCUAAUACUGGUGCUGAUGGACAAUCCCAAGGAAAAUCUCCAAAUGGAAGCACAACCACAGCUAAUUCUUUAAUCGCAUCUGAAAAGCGAAAGGGAAUAGUUAUACAAUUUAAAUCCAAAGAAGUUAAACAUGGAAAAAGUACAUGCACUGCUGAUGUAGUGACAACUAGCAGGGAAAAUCAUACCAUAGGUCCUUUUGAUGGUACAGAAAGAAAAAGACUCUGUCAUAGCUUUGCACUUCAGAGAGACAAGGUGGUGAAGAAAAAGAAGGUUGAACACUGUAAACUAAAAGUAAAAGCUGAACAAACUGUGUUGGGAAAACAUAAGUCAUCUAUGUAUAAUUUAUAUGUACCUCUUAAAAAGGCAGAGAGAUCUACAAUUCAAAAAAAGCCACCUAGCACAUCUACAGAGACUGUGUGUCGUGAUAGACCUGUCACUAAGAAGUCAAAUAUAUUAUCUAGGACUUGUGAAGAAAAGUAUAAAGGAGAUAAGGAAUUUUCUAAGAAAAAUCACCAUGCUAAUAAGCAUAUGUCACACUGCUCAACUGAAACACCACAGCAAUGGUGCUGUAGCAAAUGGAAAAAACAGGAAGCUGAUCAAGCUAGUUGUAAUUCAGGGACUGAAAAAGGGGCCUUUGAAGCCACAGCAUUAUGUUUUAAGCAGAGCUUUUCAUCCCCUCAAAGCAAGGCAGUCUUUCCAUCGCCUGAAGGCUGUGAGUACCUAAAAGGAGACCAAGAGAUGCAGAUAGUUGAGGAUUUGCAUGUUGCUCGUAUUGAAAAGAGGAUGGCCCAAUCUGUAGUACAGACCUGUGGAGAACUUACGAGUAUGGAAAUAGAUCUUCCAGAACAGGAUUUAAAUAUUUCUGCUGGGACUUCUUCUUCCAAUCUGAACAUAUUAGUGGUGAUUGAUACAAAUAUAAUGAUUAGUCACCUUGAGUUUAUCAAGUCCCUAAAAUCUGAGGAUAUACCAGGGGUUGGCAAACUUGCCUUGAUAAUUCCCUGGGUUGUUUUACAAGAGUUGGAUAACUUGAAGAAGGGGAAAAUGUUACUGCAUGUUAGACAGAAAGCUAUUCCUGCAGUCCAGUUCAUCUACACGUGUCUCAAAAAUCAAGAUUCAAAAUUGUGGGGGCAAUCCAUGCAACUUGCUUCACAAAAAAUGUAUGGCCUGAGUGAUGAAAACAAUGAUGAUCGUGUUUUACAAUGUUGUCUGCAGUACCAGAGCCUCUUUCCUCAAGCUGUUGUUAUACUGUGCACAGAUGACAAAAAUUUAUGCAAUAAAGCCAUUGUGUGUGAGAUCAAGGCACUCUGUAAAGUGGAUUUGGUUACAGCUCUACUGAACCUGAAUGUAAACAAGCAUCAGAACUGCCUUGAACUGCAGCAGUUGAAAUGUGACACAGAAUUCCAGGAAACGAAAGGAAGUGAUGUUCAUCUUACUUUCCAGAAAACAGAAAGAGCUGGUACUCAUCUUACUUCCCAAUUUCUGAAUAUAAUUCCAGAUCUUGAAAGGAAUCUAGGAGAAGCUUUAUCUUGUAUUUUGGAGACUGAAAUGAAAAUUGCAUUUGGAAACCUAUGGAUGGAGAUACUAUAUUUGAAACCACCAUGGACAUUAGCAAACUUACUACAGUGUUACAAAAAACAUUGGGUGGCUGUUUUUGGUUAUGUUGUGCCAAGGAGCUUACUUGCAACUGUUGAAUUUAUCUAUAAUCACUUUUGUACAGGUAAGGCACUAGACACCACAACAGCUGUUAUCUUGCUUCAGGAAACCAAGAAAUUAUUGCAUGCUUUCAGUCUGAGGUCUGACUAUGAUGGAGUAUUGCCCCGGGCUUUUGAGGAAGUGAAUAAGCUAUACCAAACAUUUACAGAGGUAAAGUCAGACAGUGAGCAGAAUUUAUCUGAAGACAUCACGGUUCUUUCAAAAAGUUCUCCAUGCGAAAGGAUGGAAGCAACAAUACCAAAUCUUCAAAACUGUGAAGAGAAAAGGAUACCUGCAACCAUACAGGUUGCUCAAGAAAACAGGCACCAGGAGAUCUGGUCAGUCCUUGAAGGUGUAUGGAAUAAGAUGAAUUUGUACAGGCUUGAAAUUUUCCAGAAGUUAGAGUCCAACACAGUAAUUGCAAAGUCUUCAUUUCAAGAGGCUUUUUCAGGACUGCAAAAACUCUUAGCAGCUGUGAAUUACAUUCUUGAAGGAAUUUGUAGCUGCCUGCUGCCAGUAUGGAAACACACAUCUCAAGUGGGGAGGAAAGCCCUGUUGCUUCUGAGAGUUCUGGCCCCAAACAGUAGUUUCCAAGAUAUUUGGACACUGUAUAACUUCCUCAUAAGCAAUGAGAUAAAUAACAGUAUCAAAUUUACUGCUGAGGAGCUGUAUGAGUGUGUUUCACAAGAGUUAUACAGAGGAAGAUUAGAGGUGGGCCGUUGCCAGCUGGCUGAGCUGGACCACAGCAUCAAGGAGCGUCAUGCAUCUGCACACAUGGAAGCAAAGAACAGGGGGUGGCUGUGACACCAACAAGGUCUGGAACCGCGGUGCUCGCCCCUUGGUUUUGGUGUCCAAAUGAAGUCAGGGGAGUGCUGGGAGGGAAUAUUCAAGUAACCAAAACUGCCUUCUUUUUUUCUCAAUGGUGCCGUUUUAUAAUUGAGUUGAAGGGGUGAAAAAAAAUAUUAAUAAACUUUGGACUAGUAGCAUUCAAGUGAAGAUCUCUCGGCUGAUAAAGGUUUUGUGAUAUACCAAGUUGGAAGUUAGAACUAUUACUAAUGAUUACAUGGUUAGAUAGAAUAAUGAGUAAGUCUGGUUUUUUUCUGGAUUUUUUUAAGAAGCGUUGGGGGAAAAAAAAGGAUAUUUGAAGCUCUUGAAAGGACUGGAAUGAGCACAGUUGAAUGCAAAGCCUUAAAGCCACAAUGCUUGUCACUCCAACAGAUAGGAAGAAUUGAAACACAGAUGCACUGUGUCUUGUAUACUGCACUGUGUAAGGCUGGAGAGAGAAGAUAAGGAAAUAAGUAGAUUGAUGUUCACUGUCAUGUAGGUGUUUGUCCUGUAUCUCUCUUAGUGCUUUUGUCAGAAUAUCCAGAAUAACUUUUCCACUGAAAACUCAAAUGUGUUAAAAGCAUUGAAACCAGGAAUGUGUGUAAUGAAGUGUGUGAAUUGUACUUUUUUUUUUUUUUUUUUAAAAAAAAAAGGGGAAACCAAAUGUUAUCAAAUUGAGAUGGAACUUGUGUUUUUCCUUUUUUAAAAUAUCCACUUAAUCUUCAAACAAUAGAAACUUGCUAGAAAAGCUCUUUUGGUGAAUUCCCCAUUCUUCUCGUCCUUUUUUCUUGUAAAGGCACAAGCAUCUCUUUUGCUUUGU